CACACACACACACACACACACACAUACAUACGGUAUGUGCACCUUUGAAAAGUUAGAAAAGCAAUGUCUUCUCAUACACAACCAUUACAUCAGCUUGUAAAACACAAUAUAUUCCAGAUUAAUCUUAUAUAAUGGAAGUUAAAUAAAAAUGCACAGAAUACAAAGGAACACACAUUUACAAUGUUAAUUUUAAGACAUUAAGAAAAACACUUGUAAAAGCUACAAUGUUAAAACAUAUGCAGUGUCUUAUCACCACUUAAAAAUAUAUUUUGGAUGUUUAUAAGACAUUGCUUUUGUCACUUUACUGAAAACAUACCUAAUAUAUAUUAUAAAAACAGAUAUAAUUCAUUAUAACUUCUAAAGAUAUAAUGUUAUGUUAUGAAUAGUUAAGUGUUAUAAUGUACUAUCAUUGUGUUUAUAAUUAUUUAUGAAACGUUAUUACAUAUUAUUUGAGACAUUACGAACGCAUUACCAUGCAUUUAAAAUGCCUGUACAAUGCAUUAUAAAUAUAGGCUUCAUAGAAAAUGUUAGCAAAAAAAACAAACCAUACUUUAUUAGUAUGUUUGUCUUGUUUUCCAGUAAAAAUAUCAAAACAUCCUUAAAACUCUUUUUAGGAAAUGCAGCUUGAAUUAAGUUAGUGUACACUAUUGGCAAAUAUUGUUUCUUGUUUUAAGGAAAAACCUCUCAAAAAUGUGUUGGUAAGAAAAAUUCAAUUCAAAAACACAAUUCAAAAUCUAUUCUAUUCAAAACAAGACAUGUCUUUUGCAAGUAAAUCUAUCUUGUUUUAAGGAUGUUCUGAAACUUUUACAAGAAAACAGGACAAAAACACUCAUUAAGAAAAUGAUUUUUACAGAGUAAAGCCUGGCUUAAAGGCUACAUAGAGUUGGGGUGUGUUGUUUAAAAAGAAACACCAUUAUCCGAGAUAAAAAUGUAGUGCAAAUAAUCGAAUUAAAAAUAAUAGUGAGUGUGUUGUAAGGAUAGACCAAUAUAUAAGCCAUGGUAAUAUUGGGCCAUUUUGAGAUUAUCUGCAUCAGCCUUGUCAAUAGAUAAUAAACUUUUAUUUUUUUGUGAAUUUUGACAAUAUUUUCUGUAAAAUCAGUGUAACUUGUGUAUGUCUUAUUUGCCAGCAUUAAAUAGUAUUGUGUGUACAUCAGCAUUAUAUUAGUCAUCAGCUACACUGCUCUAAAGAUACUGUUAUUGGCUGAUGAAAAAUCCACGAAAAAUCACGAGUUCGUUUGCCCAUAUAAUCUUUAAGCUAUUAAGGUUAAACUUAUUUGGCUUGCUGUCCACGAUGGAGGGGCUUUAAAAGCUGACGUUAUAUCUACUAUUGCAAGCCAAGCUCUGAAACUGCCAUUUUUAAUGAGGGUGAUAGCUUGGUCUAUAUCGUGGUAGUGCAAGGAGAAUUCAAAUAUUAAAGGAUUACAAUUAAAUGGAGAAACAGAAGGAAGAAGAGUAGAAUGUGUUGAGAGUGCUGGUUCUUGCCUGGAAAUUGCAGGGAAUAACAUAGAGGGGUUGAUGAGGGCUGGAUUACCAGCGGAACUAUUUUGAGCGCCCGCUGUAUUUUGCCGGGAGGAAAAAGUGGUGGACGAGGAAGUGCGAGAGGCUGCGUCUGGAUUAGCACACUGUGAACGAAAGCGUCCCGAGUGCUGAGACGGGAGGGAGAUAGAGGUGGAUGAGAGCUGAGUUUUGCUCUUAGGGGUAACGUUUGAAUUGUUAUGGGAGCUCACGAGAAGUUUGUAUAGUUGAAUACACCAAGACAAGCCCCAGGCCACUGAACUGAAUACUCUUCUGGCCUCAUUUGACUUGGAAAGACUACACACCACAGCAACUCACAGAUCGGGCAACCAGCUGGACCUCAUUUUUACACGUAACUGUACCAACUCAAAUUUUCUUGUUACUCUUCUACAUGUCUCUGAUCACUACUUUGUUCAAUUCAACAUGACUCUCCCAUCUACAUUAAAACCGUCUCCACCUUUGGUUUCCUUUCACCAUAACCUCCGUUCUCUUUCACCCUCACGCCUUUCCACUGCUGUCUCUACCUCUCUUCCCACACUAAAUGUAUUUUCCACGCUUGAUGUAAACACUGCCACAGACACAUUAAGCUCUACUUUAACAACCUGUCUAGACAACAUCUGUCCUAUCUCCUCUAGGCCAGCAUGCACUACACCACCCAGCCCCUGGCUGUCUGAUGACCUUCGUGAACAUCAGACUGACCUCAGGGCAGCUGAGAGGAGAUGGUGGAAAUCUAAAGAUUCAGCAGAUCUAGGUAAAUAUCAGUUUCUGCUUGCAACAUUUUCAGAUAACUUUAAAUCUGCAAAAAACUCCUAUUACCAGAACAAGAUCAACAGCACCACAGACACUCGCAGCUUGUUUAGAACAUUCAACACACUUCUCUGCCCUCCCCCUCCACCACCUGACACAUCACUGACACCAGAUGUCUUCGCCUCAUUUUUUACUAAUAAGGUUACAUCCAUCAGCAAUACAUUCUCAGCACCAUACUCUGUCAAACACCUGUCCCCUGUAUGCAACUCUUCUGUCUUUAUGUUCUCUCCUCUGACUGACACUGAGGUCUCUAAACUCCUCCUCUCCAACCACCCCACCACCUGUUCUCUUGACCCCAUUCCUUCUCACCUUCUCCAGGCCAUCUCUCCGUCCAUCCUACCUGCACUCACACACCUAAUUAACACAUCUCUACUUACAGGCACCUUUCCCACUACAUUUAAGCAGGCUCGAGUAACUCCGCUGCUGAAGAAACCCGCACUUAACCCCACACAAAUAGAAUACUACAGACCAGUCCUCUCAUCCCAUUCAUGGCAAAAACACUUGAAAGGGCAGUUUUCAAUCAAAUCUCUGCCUAUCUCUCACAGAACAAGCUGCUGGAUGACAAUCAGUCAGGCUUUAAAAGUGGACACUCCACCGAGACUGCCCUGCUGUCUGUCACUAAGUCGCUGAGACAGGUGAAAGCUGAAUCGAGAUCAUCCGUCCUGAUUCUGCUGGACCUUUCUGCAGCCUUUGACACAGUCAACCAUCAGAUCUUACUCUCUACCCUCUCCUCGCUGGGCAUCACAGGAACUAUGCUUGACUGGUUUAAUUCCUAUCUCUCAGCCCAAUGACACCACAGUAACUGAUUGAAUUUUAGCCUGCCUGGCAGACAUCUCAGCCUGGAUGAAGGAACACCACCUGCAACUCAACCCAGCCAAGACUGAACUCCUUGUCUUUCCAGCCAACCCUGCUGUUGAACACAACAUCACUGUGCAGCUGGGUGCAACUACUGUAACGCCUUCCAAAAGGGUCAGAAAUCUAGGGGUAACCAUUGACAACAGACUAAAUUUCACAGACCACAUCUCAAAGACCGCAAGAUCAUGUAGAUUUACACUCUACAAUAUCAGGAAGAUAAGACCCUUCCUCUCUGAACAUGCCACACAACUGCUUGUCCAGUCACUUGUCAUAACUAGACUGGACUACUGUAAAACUCUCAUUGCAGGCCUCCCUGCAUGUGCAAUUAGACCCCUGCAAAUGAUCCAAAAUGCAGCAGCACAUCUGGUCUUUAAUGAACCAAAGACAGUGCAUGUUACACCACUCCACGUCUCUCUCCACUGGCUGCCGGUUGAUGCACGUAUCAAAUUCAAGGCUCUGAUGCUGGCUUACAGAACAGUCACUGGGUCUGCUCCAGCAUACCUAAAAUCAUUUCUGCAGAGCUACGCGCCCACUAGAAGCCUGCAGUCGGCUAAGGAAUGUCGCCUUGUUCUACCAACACAAAGAGGUACCAAAACACUUUCCCGGACUUUCAGCUUCAUCAUACUACGAUGGUGGAAUGACCUUCUCAACUCCAUCCAUGAAGUUGACUCACUCUCUGCCUUCAAAAAAUGACUAAAAACACAUCUUUUCCAUGAGCACUUAACCAGUCAUUAAUAAAAAAAUAAAGGUGUUAAUUUGUUGCACUUUUCAUACCACUGUCUCCUUAAGAUGAUUCGCUUUUGUUUUCCUCUUUUGUAAGUCGCUUUGGAUAAAAGCGUCUGCCAAAUGAAUAAAUGUAAAUGUAAAUGUGAAUUUUUGAAGAUCUGUGGGAGAAAUGUAUUCCAGAACUGGAGAGGGCUUGACGUAGGCUGUUGACAGAUAAUUUAUAAACGGGGACAUGAUGGAGUAACGGCAAGAGAAUGAGGAGAUGAAGUCCGGGAAGAUGGGGAACGAGACCUGGUUAAAGCUGGCUGCCUUGAAGGAGGAGGGGAGAGUGGUCUUCUGGAGUGUGGUUUGUAGGAGCGCUGGAUUUUGGAGCAAAGGCUAUCCAUGCUUGGAAAAGGAAGAUCCAAUCUUGUAUGAGAGGAGAUUGUUGGUGUGUAUGGAAGAAAAGAGAGUUCAUCAUCUGACCGGGAUAGCUGGAUUUCCGGGAGGUCGGACAUGUUUCAGGGAUGGAACGACAAGAUGCUGGAAAAAGCUGAGACAGAAGAGAGGAUUCUCUUGGCAGGCAACAGGAAGUCGAGGAAACAGCGCAGGCCGUCACCACGGUACUGUCUCUCCACCACACCGAAGAGCUGCCACAGCACUGUUGCCGCGGUCGAGCUGAACGG